GUAUACAUAGAGAGAGACGUGGAUCUUAGAGUGGAGGGUUGGCGCGUGGAUGUUAGUGAAGGUUGUUUGUUUGUGUUACAAAGCAAUGAAAGAAAAUUAAAAUCAUCGGGAUAAGAGAGAGAGAGUGUUAUUAACUAAACCUCGAGUUGCAGAUACUAAAUCUUCAACAAAAUAUCAUCCGUAAGGAUCAUCGAUAUAGAAAUUGGGAUUCAAAUCCAGAUCAAUGAGAAAUCCUUCGUCAUCAACCGCCAAAUCAGCAUCAACAAAUUCAAGGAAGAACCAGAAGAAUAAUAGUAACAAUGGGAGCAGCAGUACUACUGCCGCAACAACUCCGUGUUGCAGUAAAGUAGGGUUGAAGAGAGGACCGUGGACAGCAGAAGAAGACCAAGUGUUAUCGGAUUACAUUAAGAUAGAAGGUGAAGGUCGCUGGAGAACUCUCCCCAAACGAGCUGGCCUUCUCCGAUGCGGCAAAAGCUGUCGCCUCCGUUGGAUGAAUUAUCUUCGUCCGUCUGUUAAACGCGGCCAGAUCGCACCUGAUGAAGAAGAUCUCAUUCUCCGUCUCCACCGUCUUCUUGGGAACAGGUGGUCAUUGAUAGCGGGAAGAAUUCCAGGAAGAACUGAUAAUGAGAUUAAGAAUUAUUGGAACACACAUCUCAGUAAGAAACUCAUUAAUCAAGGAAUUGAUCCCAGAACACACAAACCUCUUGAUAAUAAUCCUUCUUCUUCAUCUUCAAUAAUCCCAAAUAUUAAUCACCAAACUACUCCUUUUACAUCUUCCGCUUCUCCUGAUCAUCAUCCAAUUAUUACUAUGACUAACAAUGAAUCUGAUCAUAAUCCCUCAUCUGAUGAUCAUCACUUAGCUCAAUAUCAUAAUGAUAAUAAUCAUUAUCCACUCCAACAGCAACAACAACAAGCUCAGGAUCAGGAGUUUAAUGGUGCUAAUUGUGAUAGCUUAAUUAGUGAUGUUUCUGCAAUGGAUUAUCAUCUGCUUAACAACAACAACAACAAAGGGGAUUACGAUGACAGUAGUGUAUGUUGUGAUGAUGUGUUUACUUCAUUUCUUGAUUCAUUGAUCAACGAAGAUGCUUAUGCUACACACCGAUCAGAGAAUGAUCCUUUGAUCUUGUCUACUGCACCACCGUCUUUGUGGGAAUCGCCACUCAUCAAUAUGUCUACUCUUAUUUCCAACAAAAACCAUGACGACUCACCCAAGACGGGACAGAUUCAUGAUGCAUAGUAUUUUCAUUUCUCUCAAUAAUCUAUCUAUAUUUAUAUAUAACUAUAAUAUAUAUUAUUAGUGCAUGUGUUCAUCAAAUCAAACUCUCAGUUACCAGCUGGGAAUUAAUUAUAUAUAAAUAUAUUAUGUGUGUGUAUUUUAUCAUGCAUUGUAUUACUACUACAUGUGUGUUAAAUAUUGUAUGGGAUCGUUAUUUCAUGCAUGGUUGCAUUCUCAGUUUGUUCUUGCUAUUAGUUAAUUAUACAUAGAAACCAAUUCAGUAUAUAUACUGAUAAUUUUCAAAGAUUGAAU